CAGCGGCCUUGAUUAGAGGCCUGAGGAAAGCAGGGCUGGAAGCGGGAGAGGGCUGGAGCUGGAAGGCUCUCGGGCGGCGGCGAGAGGUUCUGCCCAGCUGUUGGCGAGGAGUUUCCUGUUUCCCUCCCGGCGCCCGGGUAAAGUUGAUGAGUGAGUCACUCGCGCGCACCGACCGACGACAACCCCCGCGCGCGCACACGCUCGCCUGGGGGACGGAGCCCCAGCCUCCUGCGCAGCUCUCCUCGGCCGCCGGGGGCCUCCUCCUGGCCUCCAAGUUCCCGAGAUCGCCGGCCACAUCUGGCCCGCACCUCUGCCCGGCGCGCUCCCGGCGACGCAGGCAUCCUGAGAGGGCGUAGAGUCAAGGCACAGCCCGGGGUCCCCGAGGCUCGGUUCGCGGCGCCCCAGGGGCCGGUCUAUGAGGAGCAACGGGGGCUACCAUGGGUCGGGGGCUGCUUCGGGGCCUGUGGCCGCUGCACAUCGUCCUGUGGACGCGCAUCGCCAGCACGAUCCCGCCGCACGUUCCCAAGCCUGACGUGGAACUAGAGGCCCCGAAGGACGUACCAACCAUCCGCCUAAGCUGUAAUAGGACUGUCCACCCACUGAAACAUUUUAACAGCGAUGUGAUGACCAAUGACAACAGUGGUGCAGUCAAGCUUCCACAGCUGUGUAAGUUUUGUGAUGUGAGAUCGUCCACUUGUGACAACCAGAAGUCCUGCAUGAGCAACUGCAGCAUCACAUCCAUCUGUGAGAAGCCACAUGAAGUCUGCGUGGCCGUGUGGAGGAAGAAUGAUGAAAACAUUACGCUGGAGACAGUUUGCCAUGACCCCAAGCUCACCUACCACGGGUUUACCCUGGAGGACGCCACGUCUCCCAAGUGUAUCAUGAAGGAAAAGAAAAGGGCAGGCGAGACUUUCUUCAUGUGCGCCUGUAACAUGGAAGAGUGCAAUGACCACAUCAUCUUUUCAGAAGAAUACACCACCAGCAGCCCCGACCUGUUAUUGGUCAUUAUCCAAGUGACUGGAGUCAGUCUCCUGCCUCCGCUGGGGAUCGCCAUAGCCGUCAUCAUCAUCUUCUACUGCUACCGUGUCCACCGGCAGCAGAAACUGAGCCCGUCCUGGGAGAGCAACAAGUCCCGGAAGCUCAUGGAGUUCAGCGACAACUGCGCCAUCAUCCUGGAGGACGACCGUUCUGACAUCAGCUCCACGUGUGCCAACAACAUCAACCACAACACGGAACUGCUGCCCAUCGAGCUGGACACACUGGUGGGGAAGGGCCGCUUCGCCGAGGUCUACAAGGCCAAGCUGAAGCAGAACACCUCGGAGCAGUUUGAGACCGUGGCUGUCAAGAUCUUCCCCUAUGAGGAAUACUCCUCGUGGAAAACGGAGAAGGACAUCUUCUCGGAUAUCAACCUGAAACACGAGAACGUCCUGCAGUUCCUGACAGCUGAGGAGCGGAAGACAGAGCUGGGCAAGCAGUACUGGCUGAUCACGGCGUUCCACGCCAAGGGAAACCUGCAGGAGUACCUCACGAGGCAUGUCAUCAGCUGGGAGGACCUGCGGAAGCUGGGCAGCUCCCUGGCACGGGGCAUUGCUCAUCUCCACAGUGACCACACUCCGUGUGGGAGGCCCAAGAUGCCCAUUGUCCACAGGGAUCUCAAGAGCUCCAACAUCCUAGUGAAGAAUGACUUGACCUGUUGCCUGUGUGACUUUGGGCUGUCCUUGCGCCUGGACCCUACUCUGUCUGUGGAUGACCUGGCCAACAGUGGGCAGGUGGGAACUGCAAGAUACAUGGCCCCGGAAGUUCUGGAGUCCAGGAUGAAUUUGGAAAACGUGGAGUCCUUCAAGCAGACCGAUGUCUACUCCAUGGCUCUGGUCCUCUGGGAAAUGACAUCCCGCUGCAAUGCGGUGGGAGAAGUGAAAGAUUACGAGCCCCCAUUUGGUUCCAAGGUGCGGGAGCACCCCUGUGUGGAGAGCAUGAAGGACAAUGUGCUGAGAGAUCGAGGACGGCCUGAAAUCCCCAGCUUCUGGCUCAACCACCAGGGCAUCCAGAUCGUGUGUGAGACACUGACCGAGUGCUGGGACCAUGACCCCGAGGCCCGCCUCACAGCCCAGUGUGUGGCUGAGCGCUUCAGUGAGCUGGAGCACCCUGAUAGACUCUCCGGGAGGAGCUGCUCCCAGGAGAAGAUUCCAGAAGAUGGCUCGCUGAACACUACCAAAUAGCUUUUUCUGGCCAGACUGGGCCAAGCCUCCAGAAGCCGUCCUCUAACCAAAGACCAGAGGCAGCAGGAUGCUUUCCUGAUGGAUGCUUCUGGAAAACCAAGGACUUGCUUCGUUCUUCCCCAAACACUGCUCCGUGUUCAGAAACAGCCACCACUGCUGCUGCCGCUGCAACUGUAGCAGCAGCAGCAGCAGCGGCAGCAGCGGCAGCAGCAGCAGCGGGGGAUGAGUGACAGAGAGCAUUCUAUGCCUUGGACAUAGUCAUGGCAUAAGCUGUGCUAGCACCUCCUCAGGAAAUGAGAUUGAUUUUUACAACAGCCAAUAACGUUUGCACUUUAUUAAUGCCUGUAAUGUAAAUAUAAAUAGCUAUGUUUUAUAUAUCUAUAUAUCUAUAUAUCUAUAUGUCUAUAUCUCUCUACAUAUAGCCAUUCUCUGCAAGGAGACAAAGAAAAAGAUCUAACGUUCCCAAGAAAUUAGUUUUUAUUGGAGAGCUCCAGAGGGGAGCAGAAGGGACUCGGGACGGCUUUAGCACUUGACAAUCGCACACAGGAUGGUCUCCUGACUGCAGGGUUGGGGAGACAAUUGUGUGAGAAGGAUCCAUGCCUCACAGCCUGCUUCGGCCACAAAACAUUUUGUUUUGCAAUAAUUACCCUCCACACUAGGGUGCUUUCCUGGCCAGGGAGCUAAGUUCCAACCCACCACUAUGUCCCGGGGUCUCCCAUGUGCCUUUGCUUUUCUUGAUUUUAUCUUUGACGUUCAAGACCCACAUCUGACUUGCAAACCUUCUCACUUAGCCUAGAAACUUGG